GGAUUCUGUCGGGUAUAUUCGACUAAAAGCGCUCGGAAGGGUCGAAAUCAUUGAAUAUCAUAAUUGGAUGUGAUUCUGAUGAGGUUUGGACCGAUUGGAGCGGUUAUUGUUAGUGGGCGGAUUUCCGUUCUUAUGCGGACUUCACCUUUAGGAUUAUAAUUCAUAUAUGCAGCUUUUGUAAUUGAUAUCUACUUAAUAAAUUUCAAGUAGAAUUAUUAAAAUAUUUGUGUUCUUCUAUUUAAUCAGCUGUUAAAGGCAAAUUUAUUAAUUUGAUCACACUAUUGUGCGUUGACAUUUAUAUAACUUGCCUCUUAUGCAUGAAUAGAGCUUGUUAUUUAUAUAGAUAUAUAGUCAUGAGAUGAGUGUGUGUUUUGAUGAUUGGCAUGCUUUAUUUACUCAUGUAUAUCACUUAAAACAACAACAUUUUGUUUUGUUUAUUUUACAGCUGGUCGUGUGCGCGGUAAACGUGGAAAAAUUAAUUUAGAAAAAGCUAUCAACAAAAAUUUGUUUGACAUGACAACUAUUCCCGAAAGAGAGGAGCAACAAUCACAACAACAGACAGCAUCAACAUCAUCAAAUGUUGUAGUGAACCCAAAAGAAAAAUUUACAGCAGAAUUCAAGCGUGCUAUAACAAUGAUGAAACAACGUUCAGAACCCAAUGAAUCACUACCAACUGAUGCGAUGAUCACUCCGACUAUACCCGGUAGUAAUAACAAUUCAAUAAAACGUGUAUUAAGUUCAAAACUCUCACAAUCACCUGAUUCUUCAUUGUUAGAUAAACUAGCAUGUUUAACAGAGAAAAAACUAACUGUUUUACCUCAUGAUACAUCAUUGUCAACAAAUAUAACGACUGUGGAUCCGUUAUCAUCAACUGCUCCGAUUAAACUUGCAUCGGCAUCUCCACAGACAUUGAACGAUUAUCAGCAAAAUAGUCCAUCAUCCACACAAAGUAUACCGAACUCAAAAUUUCAUACCGAUAGUGCCUCUACGACGGAUAAUAACCAUCACCAAUCAUUAUCUUCUGUUAAGCAAGAAAGUUCAGAUAGUCAUCUAUCCUUGUCAAUAAUUAAUCCGCCAACUACAUCAUCCAUGCAACAUUUGGCACCGUCAACAACAAACCACCCAAUACUUCAUUAUGAGCCAGCUACUACUACCACGAUAUUAAACAUGGAUCUAACGUCUUCCUCUAAGUCAGAUCACAGUUCUGGUCAUAUAUGUCCAUCGACGCAUACACCAAAAGACUCAUCAUUAUCAUCAUUUACACCUAUUACCGUCCCUCAUCCAACGACUACUCUGUCAUCACAACCCCUUGUUAAACAAUCAUUACAACAAAUACAUUCAUCGAUAAUGCAGCUACAACCACCGUCAUUAUCUCCCUCUCCUCAAUCGCAACAACAAUCAACACCCUCGCCAUCUACUCAACUUAGUGCAGGUUAUAUUCGUCUUUUGAAUGGUGGUCGAGCCCCUAUAGCUUCUCCGGAUCCAUUAUCACUAACUGAUGACAGUGUAUGUGCUAAUACUCCGGAAAUAGAUAUUCUAUGA